UUUGCGUUUGGAGUUGCUCUACGCAAAUAUGGCUGUCGAUAUGGCAGAUAUAUUGCGGCUAGCAGCGCCACCUUCAUCCCUAAUCAAAGCCAUUAAAAAAACAAAAAUCAAAACAACUUGGGUUUUCAUGUAUGGUGUUCGAUUCAAACAAAGCUCAUUCUGUCUUCCUCUACCAAAGCGCUUUUUCUUUUUUGUUGCCUCAUCACUCAUCGUAGUUUUGCCUAUUGACUUUUAUCCAAAGAUUGAAUCUGAUGACAACGGGUGGCCCUCUCCAGAUCAAGCUCUGUGCUAGAUGACCUCUGUGCCUCGCAAGUGCAGUCGCAAGAGAUUUUCUUCCAUCUUCUUGCAACUAUAAGUUGUAGCUCAUUACUCACUAGCUGAACAUAAUCAUGGCAGGACCACCAGAAAAUAUCCCAAACCUGCAAACAAUGGCGGAAACACAGCUUCUAAAGUCUCUAACAAAAAUCUUAACUUCAGAUAAAUUCCCACUCCAAGCACUUCGUCCCUAUAUUCCCAAUUUCUCUUCAAACCCUAAUCUUCUUAUUUCUCUCCUCUCUUCCAAAUCGCUUUCUCACCGACCCACUACUCUCCUCUCCUUCUUCAAAUGGAUGCAAUCUCACCUCCCUCCCUCUAUUUCUCACUCUCCUCUCCCUCUCCUUUCCCUUCUCUCUCCUCUCCUCUCUCAUCACAAAUUCUCUGAUGCCAAAUCUCUUCUCACCUCCUUCAUCGCCAACGACAAGUCCAACAUCCUACACCAUCACAUCCUCCACCCUCCUGCAGUGGUAGAGAACCGUCGCACCUUGAAAUCCCUCCUCGAUACUUCAAUUGGGGCCUAUGUUGCCUCUGGUAAACCCCACCAUGCUGCAGAAAUUUUUCAUAAGAUGAAGAGGUUGCAUCUCACACCUAACUUGCUUACUUGUAAUACUCUUCUUAACGCAUUGGUUAAGUAUCCUUCUAAGCAUUCUGUUUGUUUGGCAAAAGAUAUUUUUAAUGAUGUGAUUAAACUUGGUGUUAAGGUUAAUACCAGUACUUUUAAUAUUUUAAUUUAUGGGUGUUGCUUGGAGAGCAAGUUGGGGGAGGCAAUUGGUCUUAUAGGUAAAAUGAAGGAGUUUGGUUGUUUGCCUGAUAAUGUUAGUUAUAAUACAAUUUUGGAUGUUUUGUGUAAGAAAGGGAAGUUGAAUGAGGCUAGGGAUAUGUUGUUGGAUAUGAAAAACAAGGGAUUGACUCCGAAUAAGAGUACUUUUAAUAUUUUGGUUUGUGGGUAUUGUAAGUUGGGUUGGUUGAAGGAAGCAACUCGAGUCAUUGAAUUAAUGUCGCAGAAUAAUGUGUUGCCUGAUGUCUGGACUUAUAAUAUGUUGAUUGGUGGAUUUUGUAAAGAAGGUAGGAUUGAUGAAGCGUUUGGGUUAAGAGAUGAGAUGGAGAAUUUGAAGUUGUUUCCUGAUGUCAUUACUUAUAACACAUUGAUUAAUGGGUGCUUUGAGUGUGGCAGUAGUUCAAGGGCAUUUGGAUUGAUUCAAGAGAUGGAGGGGAAGGGAGUGAAGCCAAAUGCAAUUACACACAACAUACUAGUUAAGUGGUAUGUGAAGGAAGGAAAGAUGGAUGACGCUGGAAAAACAAUUAGGAAGAUGGAAGAAGAUGGAUUUUCACCUGAUACUGUUACAUAUAAUACUUUGAUCAAUGCAUAUUGUAAAGCGGGGAAGCUUGGUGAAGCAUUUAGGAUGAUGGAUGAAAUGGGGAGAAAAGGUUUGAAGAUGAGUAGUGUGACUCUUAAUACCAUUCUUUAUACUCUUUGUGAGGAAAAGAAACUUGAUGAAGCAUACAGGUUGCUUAGUAGUGCUAGCAGGCGAGGCUAUUUUGUUGAUGAGGUUAGCUAUGGCACUUUGAUCAUGGGAUAUUUUAAAGAUAAAAAUUCAACUAAAGCUUUAAAGCUUUGGUGUGAGAUGAAGGAGAAACAGAUCAUCCCAAGUAUUAUCACCUAUAACUCUAUGAUCGGAGGAUUAUGCCAAUUGGGAAAGACUGAUCAAGCAAUUGACAAGUUGAAUGAGCUUCUAGAAAGUGGUUUGGUCCCAGAUGAAACAACAUAUAAUACAAUUAUUAAUGGAUACUGUCGUGAACGUGAAAUCGAGAAAGCAUUUCAAUUUUACAACAAAAUGGUUGAAAAUUCUUUGAAGCCAGAUAUAUAUACUUGUAACAUUCUUCUUUUUGAGUUAUGUAAAGAAGGUAUGCUUGAAAAGGCUCUUAAGUUCUUCAAUACAUGGAUUUCAAAAGGGAAACAAAUUGAUGCAGUUACAUACAACACAAUAUUAUCGGGUCUUUGCAGAGAAGGCAGAUUUGAGGAAGCAUUUGAUCUUCUUGAAGAAAUGAAAGGAAAGAAGCUAGGGCCUGAUUCCUAUACAUAUAAUGGAAUUCUGGGUGCACUUGCUGAUGCAGGUAGGGUUAAGGAGGCUGAGGAGUUCCUGUUAAAAAUUGUAGAAAUGGGAGAGUUGCAGGGUCAGACCUUGCUGUUGGAUAAAGGGGAAAAUGUGAACAGCGAGAAGACUCAAAAAUAUGAUCUAAAUUCAAAUGCUUUCUCAGAACAGAUCAAUGAGCUGUGUGCUCAAGGGAAAUACAAGGAUGCGAUGCAAAUUUUUCAAGAAUCAUCCCAGAAAGGCAUUGCUUUAAAUAAAUCUGCCUAUAUUAGUUUGAUGGAGGGACUUGUUAAAAGGAGAAAAAGUAUAUCAAGAGCUACUUUAUUAUAAUGAGCUCCCUUGGGUUUCUCGACGGUGCCCAGAAUGUUUAACAUCGAUUUAUUUGCAUCCAACAAGGAGUUAAGGGAGAAUAUGACAGUGGACAAGGUAAGGAAGCACAUAAAAAUAUAAUGGUCACAAAUCAUGAUGAUGAUGGUGUAGCCAUUUCCUUGCUUCUAAAAUCAACAAAUCAGAGGAUGUGAUUCUUGGGGAAAACAAGUGAUGGUGAAUCUGCAUUCCGGCUUGCAGUUGCAGCAGCAGCUGUUACUGAUAGAUAUCAAAUCAAGGUGAGACCUCCUAAAUCUAAGCUUCACAAGUUCUGUGAGGUUGGUUUGCAUCCAAAGAUGGCAAGAAGAGGAGCAGCUCUAAUUCUUUGCUAGGGAGAAUGCAACAGUAGAGAAGGUAAAGGAAGCAUAUAAAAAACUAAUGAUAGGGAAUCAUCCUGUCUCUGGUAGUGGCCACUAUCUUACUUCUAAAAUCAACGAAGCAGAGGAUGCAAUGCUUGGGAAAACAAGGGAUGGUGGAUCUGCAUUAUGAUAAAUUGAAAAAUAGGGCACCAGAAACUGAAUUUUGUCUUAUGGUGUUUCAACGGUAGAGCCAUAUGAUAUGCCCCAAAGUAGCUUGAUGUAAAGGUGUUCAAAACAAGUUCUCAAGUGGUGAGUUAUCAACACCCUAAGAAAAGUUAACGACAUGCCGGUUAGCAGCAUCAAAACUUCCACUAGCUUUUUGGCUUCUAGAAAAGGAAGAUUCCCUUUGCAGCGGAGGUCCAAAUUUAUCCUCAAUGCCCCGAGUAACAUGUCUGCCUGCCUCUCAACCAGUCAAGAGGCUUUGUCUGCCAAAAGGUGCCAUCAGUAGGCAACCUUGGUAAGACAGCACAAAGCCACUCGUGAACAGGUCUAAGAAGAUGCUGAUUGACAUAGUUCCCUACGGUGAGAAGAAAGGUGAUUGAGUUACUGCAGUCAUAACAAGCUCUUGCCUAAAUGCAUUAAUCAAAAUUAUGGAAUAUAAUCUUAUUAUAAGAGGAAAUGGUCUCGUUCAAUGAGGUACCACCAAUUAUUGGACUAUUGAGUAACUCUAAAUUGAUUUUUAGCUUUGUAUAAAUCUCCAUAUUACUUUUGCUUCUUAGUUAUAACAGGGAAAGGUAUAUAUCCUCAAUCAAAAGUAAGUAGUCGUCAAUUCGAUCCAUCAUCAUGGAAAUUGUUAUUCGCUGCCAUCAGAGUGUGGGAUUGUCGAUCACAGCGAAUAGCAUAGUUUUGAUAAGAAAACUGCCUUGUUCACAGUGAUUGAAACCUUAAACACAGUAUAGCAAUUCCGGUUACUUAGGCAACGGUGGAUCCGAUCAAUUAUACAUGCUCUUUUCCAAAUUAAAGUAUUAUGUAAAGUUGAUCUUCAUGCAAUUUUUUGUAGAUCUUGGUUGUAUGGGGGCUAAAAAUCAAUUUCGAGUUUGGUUAUUUAAUCGAAUGAGGUCAUUUUCUCCUGUGUUUAUGAUAAGGUUAUAUUUCAUGAAUUUGGUCAAUGUAUCUAAGCGAGAGUUUACAAUAACUGCAGGAACUCGAGGUGAGGGUGAAUUCUGGACCUCUGCAAAGGGAAUCUUCCUUUUGGCCAAAAUUGGUGGAAGCUUUGAUGCUGCUAUUCGGCUUCAUGUUAGUAACCUUUCUUGGGUUGUUGAUAACUUGUGACACGAUCUUAAGAAAACUGAUAUUCCUAUUAAUAUCCAUUUUUUUAUCGUUAUUUAUCUUAUAAUAGAAAAUUAUUAUUUUCUAUGAGAAAGUCAUCAUUAUUGUUUUA